AUGGGCGACGAUAAGGAGGCCAGUUCUACUUUAACUUGCCGACCAGGCGAUGAGCCAGGUGUGUUGGACUUGACCCUUCGGACAAGUAGACCAGAUGGAAUGCGUGUGGCCCACCUGUUGACCGGCACACUGUCCGGUGUCGCAACCAGGUUCUACGGGUCACGACCAGAUAUCCGACUUGGCACACAUCCAAGUGACCCGUCAUUGUAUAGGUACACAAUAAAGACCACGGUCGGCGAUGAAGACGUUCAAGACUCUGCUCCGUUUUUGUCGCAUCGAGCCAACGAUCUUAAAAUGGGUGUAACGAGCUUUUGCAAGGCUUUUCCGUGGCACUUGGUGUUGGACAAACGACUAGAGUUCGUACAAUUAGGCUCUGGGUUCAUGAAGCUUUUCGGAAAAUGCCUACAACAAUUCGGUCGAUCGAUUCACACGUAUUUCAAGAUCAGAAGACCGAAAAACGUUCGGCUCUCGUUCGACGGCAUCGUGAACAGAGCAAACUCACCGUUCGUGUUGACGCUGUGCCUGCCCGAACCGCUUAAUCACAAUUCAGCCGAGGGUUUGGAGUUCAAAGGUCAAAUGGUGUUGUGCAACGAGUCCGGAUCGUUACUGUACGUCGGUUCGCCAUUGCUGGAUGGACUGGACAGUCUGACCAGCAGAAGUCUGUUCAUUUCGGACAUACCAUUGCACGACGCCACCAGAGACGUGAUACUAAUCGGCGAGCAAGCCAGGGCUCAGGAUGGCCUUCGGAGAAGAAUGGACAAGUUGAAGAGUUCGAUCGAAGAAGCCAAUUUGGCCGUCGACAAGGAGAGAGAGAAGAACGUCAGUCUUUUGCACACGAUUUUCCCGCCAAACAUCGCCAAACGGCUCUGGCUCGGAGAGACCAUCGAAGCGAAAACCCACGACGAGGUGACCAUGCUGUUCAGCGACAUCGUCGGCUUCACGUCCAUCUGCAGCACCGCCACGCCGUUUAUGGUCGUCAACAUGUUGGAGUCCUUGUACAACAAGUUCGACGCUUACUGCGGACAUUUAGACAUAUACAAGGUAGAGACAAUUGGCGAUGCCUACUGCGUGGCUUCGGGUCUGCACAAGUUCAGUUCGAUACACGCUCAGCAAAUAGCAUGGAUGGCUCUGAAGAUGAUCGAAACGUGUAAAACUCAUCACACACACGACGGAAAACCGAUCAGAAUGAGAAUCGGAUUGCACACCGGAUCGAUAUUGGCCGGAGUGGUCGGCGUGAAAAUGCCAAGAUAUUGCUUGUUCGGCCACAACGUGACGAUUGCCAACAAGUUCGAGUCUGGUAGCGAACCGCUCAGGAUAAACGUCAGUCCGACUACUCAUCAGUUGUUGAUGAAGACCCCCGGAUUCUCGUUCGAGGAGAGGAGCCGGUCGUGUCUGCCCGUCGGGUUCCCCGAGCACAUACCGGGCACGUGCCAUUUCCUGUUGUCGUACGCGCACCCCGACAUGUCGGCCGACGGCGCGCCCGACUUGGACGCUCACGUCACCGCCGGCUUGCGGCAGCUCACCUUGGACAGCUGA